AUGGAACAACAAAAUACUAGUGGAAAGAUCUUAGUUAAUGCAUUAUAUGCUUUUAAAGCACAAAAUACUGAUGAAUUAUCAUUUGCUAAAAAUGAUAUUAUUAUAAUAACACAAGCACCAAAUGAUGGCGGUUGGUGGGAAGGUACAUUAGAUGGAAAAACUGGAUGGUUUCCAUCAAAUUAUGUCGAACAAAUUGUACAAAAAACAGGUAUACUAUUAUGA